AUGUCUCGCUGGCACCACGCGGGCUGCCUGAGUCCCCAAGUCGAGAUUAAGAAUGGGCUGCCAGAGUGUCGCACCUGCGACUAUUCACCUGAUCUAGCUGCCUUGAUGCCCACGAAUGCAUCUUCGAUUCUUACUAUCCCCGAAGAUGAGCGUUCCGGCUCAAUGAAUCUAUGGUGGCCUCGCUCCGUACCUUAUUGCAACAAUGCCAAGAGCUGCAACGAAGGAGACUGCCUGACUGGCGGUAACCCCAAGGCGCGGGUCCCUUCAGCCCCCGAUCAAACGGUGCCAGACCUGGCAACAACUACCACUGCCGCCACACCAGGUUCAUCAACCAUCUAUUCACAAACGCUCAAACAUACAGAUAUACGGUUGGCCGUGCUGACCCAUUCUGAGUCUCACGAGUUCCCGGUACAUCUGGACUUGGAAAUUUACGAACUGGACGACUGCCCCGAAUAUGAAGCUGUUUCCUACCUUUGGGGUGGAGAAGACGACGAUACUACUCUAUGCUGCCCAAUAUACGUCGGUCCUUUCUGA